UAAAUAACUAUGCACAAAAUGUGUAUGAGGUUGAUUUUGGGGAUGGAGGAGAUUUUGGGGAGGAGGCACACACACACACACACACACACACACACACACACACACACACACCAUUCAGAAACUCUGAACAUUUCCAGCAGCUUUGAGCAGCGCAGAUUAUUAAACAGAAGAACACCUUAAAACAGGGAAAGAUGAAGUGGUGUGUUCUGUUUUACGCUUUCUUCAUGUGUUUUGUCGCCAAUCAUCUCAGUGGGGCUCGAGUCAUUCCUGAAGGAGUUCCCUAUGAUGAGCCCCUGGCCAGACCGUACUGGCCGUACUCAACCUCUGAUUUCUGGAACUACAUCGAGUACUUUCGCAGUAUCGGAGCCUACAACCAGAUCAAUGAGAUGGCCAGAACUUUCUUUGCCCACCAGAAUCUUGGUGACACUUUGGGAUAUGAAGUGGCUGAGCAACAUGAACGCUAAACGGGCAGUCAGACUUCUCUCUGCAUGAGGAUUUAAGGCAU